AUAUUUUUUAUGUAAGGUUGACUUUGAAAAAAGUUCCGGAAACUCCUGCUCAGAAAGUGCAUCGAUAUUCCCUGACUGGUCAAUAUCUCACUCAAAAGUACUUUGGAAUCUCCCAAUAUGUGCAAGAUGCAAACCAGAUAUUUCUCCCUGACCGUUACGGAAGAGUUAAACAUGGAGUACCUUUAACAAAUUUUAUGAACGCACAGUACUAUGGCGAAAUUUUGCUUGGUACACCACCACAAACAUUUAGUGUUGUAUUUGAUACAGGUUCAUCGAACCUAUGGGUUCCAUCAACACAUUGUACUUCGAUCGCUUGCUUCCUCCACCGUAGGUAUGAUUCGGGACAAUCUACCACAUACAAGUCUAAUGGUACAGAAUUCGAAAUUCAUUAUGGUACUGGAAGCUUAGAGGGUAUUAUCAGUAAUGAUGUUUUGCAAGUAGGAGACAUUUCUGUUGAAGGUCAAGAUUUUGGAGAAUCAGUUAAAGAACCUGGUUUUACUUUUGCUUUUGGCCGUUUUGAUGGCAUUUUUGGACUUGGUAAGUUUACUUACAUUAACUCUUAUGUUUAUGAAAGUGGUGAACUUGUUUUUGGUGGAACUGACGAAUCACAUUUUACCGGCGAUAUCCACUGGGCUCCAGUAAAGAGAAAGGGCUACUGGGAAGUCGAUCUUGAAAAGAUUGUUUUUGAUGGUGAAGAAGUUGAAAUUGAAGGAACUGGUGCUGCAAUCGACACUGGGUCUUCACUUUUAGCCAUACCUACGACUCUUGCGGAUUUAAUUAACAAACAAAUUGGAGCAAAAAAGAAUUUUGCUGGCCAAUAUGUUAUAGAAUGCGACAAAAUACCUAGUCUACCCGUUUUUAGUUUACAAUUCGGUGGUAAAUUGUUCAAUUUAACUGGCUCUGAAUAUAUUUUGAAAG